AUGUUAGCUUCAUCAGAAGAAGAGACAUUAAUGGAGGAAAAAGAAGCACAAAUGGUAUCUAUAUCUGAUACAAAACCCUCCUUAAGAAUAGCCCAUUUUCUUAAACCCUUGUUUCCUUCCUCCAAAAACACACAAACACAAAUCCUCUUUACCCAUCCUUCCAUAUCUCAUCCUUCAAAACCCAUUUUCCCCAUUGUUAAAACUCUCUCUUCAAAGGUUUUCUUUCAUGUGUGGAAACACCCACUCAAGUAUUGGAACUCUUGGGUUGAGAAAUUGCGCCCUUCUUUUGAAUCCACAUGGAAGAAAUGCUCUGUUUUCGAAGCUAUCAUGGGUUCAACUCUUGAAAUUCCAAAAUGUAAAGCUUCAAUCUUUGCACUUGCUGAGAAAUGGUGCUCAGAAACCAACACAUUUGUGCUUCCUUGGGGUGAAAUCACCAUAACUUUGGAAGAUAUCAUGGUUUUGGGGGGAUUUUCUGUUACAGGAGACUGUUUUGGGUAUCUUCCUGCUGAGGAUUGUUCUACCAUGAACAAGAGUGUUUUUCAAAUUGCUGUAAAUUUAGCUAGAGAUACUAAAUUUGGUCUUGCACCAGCUAUUCUUGCUAGUAUCUAUAGAGAUUUGAGAUUGUUGAAAGAAAAGAUUACAACUUUAAGAGAUUUAGGUGAUCAAAAUGAUGUUAAUGUGCUAAAACUUGCACUUUGGGCACCCUUAUACUUAUUACAAGUUUGGAUUUGGGAAAGAUUUCCUGCAUUAAGCCCAAGAAUCAAUCAUAUUAGUAAUGGAUUAUGUAGAAUUAAAAAGUGGCACAAAACCAAAAUUUUGAGAAAUGAUGAUGAGGGUUUGCCUAUUAACUUUGCUAGUCAUGAUUUUAGAUGGAGACCUUAUUCAAACACUUCAUUUAAUCAUGAUUUGGAGUCUUAUUGUAGAUUCAUAAGGGUGUGUGAUUUGGUUGGAUUGUAUUGUAUUGAGCAAUAUCUUCCACAUAGAGUAGCAAGGCAAUUUGGGUUUGAUCAAGAUAUCCUAAUUGCUUUUCGUCACGUAAGAGACACACCAAAGAUUGGUUGGAUGAAUUACAUUAGGCCAGUUUCAGACACCAAGUUAUACAGACCACCAAGACAGUUUGAGCCUGGUGUUACAAUUGAUUAUAUGAAAUGGUGGGAAAAAAAAGGAGUUUGGCAAUGA